AUGAGCCAACCCAAGGAAAUCAAGAAGAGCCGCCGUCAGUCGAUUGCAAAGCUCGCCAAAUCCCCACUUUCUGUGUCGCCUCUCCCGCAUUCUCCCAGAAACUCAUCCAGACCUGGGCUGUACUUAGGCAAUGCUCCUUUCUUGAAUAGAGAUGAUGAUUCGUCUGCCAGAACCAGUGAAGACGACACUCCUGUCCCCGAGAUCCUCUCAGACUUCUCCGCAGGCAUCAAUGACUCUCGACUUGUUGAGGCUGUGGCCAAACAUCUCAAGGCUGACGACUCAGCUUUCACUCUGGAAGGUGCAGACAUCACCAGAGAUAUCUACCGCUUGAACAAGGAAAGCACCCGGCCCAAGCGUUCUCGAAGCUGGACACUGAUGGAUUUCGAGCGGAACGACCGUCGUGGCUCCUCUGCGAGCUCUCUUAACGUUCCUGGCGGUUUCAGAAGGCAGUUUCUUGUGGCAAAUGCCAAUAAGAGGAAACCCGAUAUUCUUACCAGAAACUUCGUGGAGUUCUUGAGCAUCUAUGGCCAUUUUGCUGGUGAAGACUUAGAGGACGAUGAUGCGGUGGCAUGUCACUAUGAGGCACAGAACCCAUUUGGUCUGGACGAAAAUGUACCUCUCCUUCAAGCAAGAAACUAUAACCCCAAAGGUACUGCAACCGACACUAAGGCGUACUUUUUACUUCUCAAGGCGUUCGUUGGAACUGGGGUGUUAUUCUUGCCUAAAGCAUUCUCUAGCGGUGGUUUGGUAUUUUCAGUAGUGACGCUCUUUCUUUUUGGCUUGCUUUCCUAUUGGUGCUAUGUUAUCUUAGUGUAUGCCAAAAUCGCCAUGAAGGUGUCAAGCUUUGGAGAGAUUGGAAUGCUAUGCUAUGGGCCUUGGCUCCAACACCUCAUCUUGUCGUCUAUUGUGUUGUCCCAAGUAGGUUUUGUUGCUGCGUACAUUGUGUUCACAGCCGAAAACUUACGUGCAUUUGUAUGUAACAUUUCCAGCUUUACUCCAGCGGACUUAGACAUUUUUUGGUUCAUCUUAGCGGAAGCUUUGAUUUUGACGCCAAUUACCUUGAUUAGAGACAUUACAAAGCUCUCGUUGCUGGCACUUUUAGCCAAUAUCUUUAUUUUCAUGGGAUUGAUCACCAUCUUAUACUACACUAUUGCAGAGUUCAUUGGAAACAGCUUCCAGCCAGGAGAUGGUAUUUACUACGUGUUCAACAAGUCUGAAUUCUCGUUGUUCAUCGGCGUGGCCAUUUUCGCUUUCGAAGGCAUCGGGCUUAUCAUUCCCAUUCAAGAAUCCAUGAUAUAUCCCAACAACUUCCCUAGAGUUUUGUUCCAGGUGAUUAUCACGAUCUCCUUCAUUUUUAUCUUCAUUGGUGCUAUUGGCUAUUUAACUUUUGGUGCUGAUAUUGAUACUGUCAUUUUGUUGAAUCUUCCUCAAACUUCUCCAUCAGUUAUCAUGAUCCAGUUGCUUUAUGCUGCUGCAAUUUUGUUGUCCACACCCAUUCAGAUCUUCCCUGCUGUGCGCCUCAUUGAACUGAAGAUCUUUUCUCCCUCCACUUCGGGCCGUAAUUCACAGGUCGUCAAGUGGCAAAAGAACCUCUUGCGCCUUGUGUUUGUAUUGACUACUGCCACCAUUGCACUCUACGGUGGUCAGAACCUCGACAAAUUUGUGUCUUUUGUGGGAUGCUUCGCAUGUAUUCCGUUGGUAUACAUGUAUCCACCCAUGCUCCACUUGAAGUCAUGCUGUGACUAUAAGAAUGCAACACAGGGCAAGAACACCAAGUUUAUUUUGGCCAUGGUGGAUUACUUCUUGGUUGCCAUAGGAGCAGUGGCAUUAAUCUACACCACCUACGACAUUCUUGGUCAUUAA